AUGGAUUGGUGGAAACCCAUUAUCUCACAGCCCAUUGUGGCUAUUGGCGUGGUCGGAUUGACGUAUGUGGUGUGGCUGGCAACAUAUCGGAUAUGGCUGUCACCACUGGCCCAUUUCCCUGGACCAAAACUGGCCGCUUUGACAAUGUGGUACGAGUUCUAUUACGAUUCGUUCCUCGAAGGCCAGUACACUUUUCGAAUCGCAGAGAUGCAUCGCAAAUACGGUCCGAUUGUGAGAAUCAGUCCCUUUGAACUACACAUCGACGACCCAGAGUACUAUGAGAUCUUAUACUCUCGUGACAAACCCAGGAACAAGUCGUUGCAUUUGACUGGCAUGUUUGGGGCACCUGCAUCCGCUUUUGGCUCAGUCGAUCACCGCUGUCAUCGGAUACGUCGACAACCUAUGAACCCGUUCUUUUCUCACCAGCGAAUUCGACAGUUGGAACCAAUGCUCCGGAGAAUGAUUGAUAAGUUGCGGAAAGGAAUGCGGGCAUGGAAGGAGAGGGAUACACCGCUGCAUGUUUAUCAUGCGUUUAAUGCCUACACGACAGACGUGGUUGUGGAGUAUUCUAUGGGUGAAUCGUUCCAUUAUUUGGAUGACCCUGAUUUUACACCGCAGUGGUCAAAGACAAUUGAGGCAAUUGUACAAGUCGGGGUUCAAUUCAAACAGUUUCGCUGGGUCUUCAGAUUGUUUGAGCUACUCCCACGGUGGCUAGUUGUGAGAAUCAACCCUCACAUUGGCCCGGUAAUUGACCAGAAAGCGGAAAGUUUACGACUAGCGAAAUCGAUUAUUGAUAGCCAAGCCGCUGGCGGGAACUUGGUAGACGACAAGGUCAGUCAACUCAAAGGCACAUUAUUUCAUGCGCUGCUAGACAGCAAGCUUCCCCCAGAGGAGAAGACACCUGGCCGCUUGAGUCAGGAGGUUUUCACCGUCAUCUCGGCUGGAGGAGAAACGACUGCGAAGAACUUGACAACACUUACGUUCCAUUUACUCAACAACCCAGACAAGCUACAAAGGUUACGGGACGAGCUCAACCGACUUGACCCCGAUGGAACCGCAACCUUGGUGGAAUACGAAACAAUGCCGUAUCUCACGUCCGUUAUGCUGGAGGGUCUCAGAAUCACCAAUGCUGUGGCAACAAGGCUUCAACGUAGCUGUCCAGAUCAAUCUAUGACUUACAAUGACUGGAUCAUCCCUCCCGGGACACCCGUGGGGAUGACCAGCAUAUUUAUGCACAACAAUGAAGCUAUUUUUCCAGACUCGGAAAAAUUCAUCCCGGAGCGAUGGAUGGACCCAGAGCAGAGGAAGCACCUUGAGAAGUAUCUGGUUGCUUUUAGCAAGGGAUCAAGACAGUGUAUUGGAAUUCCUCUCGCACGGGCGGAGAUUCUUUUAGCAAUCGCCACCAUUUUCCGGGAAUUUGAGAUGGAGCUCUAUGAGACUACAGUAGAUGAAGUUCGAAUCGUGCGAGACAUGUUCAAUGGCCACCCACGGAAAGGAAGCCAGGGCGUUCGCGUGAUGAUAAAAGGCUGGGAUGGACACUCUAGGCCGAGUGGAAACUCUCUAUGA